CUCGGCGUUCGUCAGUCAGGAGCCGGAAGCGCGGUGGGGCGGGAAGGUUGUAUCCCUGCGCUAGCGCUGCUUUUACGCUAGUGGUGGCGCCGCCGCCCCGACAGUCGCCUUGAUAGUCGCCUCGACAGUGAGGCCCCCAGAGCGUCCUCGUGUCCCAGGUAAUGGUAAAGGAUUGAUUUGCUACUGAGCUCAAACUGAAGCAAAACAGGAAGAUGGCGGCAAACUCUUCAGGACAAGGUUUUCAAAACAAAAAUAGAGUUGCCAUCUUAGCAGAGCUGGACAAAGAAAAAAGAAAAUUACUUAUGCAGAACCAGUCUUCAACAAAUCAUCCAGGAGCUAGCAUUGCUCUCUGCAGGCCCUCUCUUAAUAAGGACUUCCGGGACCAUGCUGAGCAGCAGCAUAUUGCAGCCCAACAGAAGGCGGCUUUGCAGCAUGCUCACGCACAUUCAUCUGGAUACUUCAUAACUCAAGACUCUGCAUUUGGGAAUCUUAUUCUCCCCGUCUUACCACGCCUUGACCCAGAAUGAAGAAAAUGACUUUGUAAUCUCAAAGGCCAAAGUUAUUCUCACUCACUGCUGCACAAACUGACUUUCAAAAUUUUGGUGGACAUAUAUUUUUUGCUUCUUUAAGAGAAAGGAGUACAUAAAUGAAAGCAAAAAGAAGGGGAAUCAGGAUGAUGGGAGCUUGGAAGCUAUAUUGUUUAAGGACUUGAUUAUGCGGCCCACAAGUAUAACUAUUUUGUGAUGUCAUUUGUCUUUUAGCUCUUAAUUGAAUAGUCAUCUAAUGGGAGGCUCUACCCUAACAAGAUGGGCUGAAUAUACCAUGUUUACAGUUGACUCUCAAGAACCAUUUAUAGGGGGCUGGGGAUUUAGCUCAGCCGCAUAAGCACCUGCCUUGCAAGCAGGCGGUCGUGAGUUCGAUCCCUGGUACCAAUAAAAACUGAAAAAGACAAAAAAAAAAAAAAAAAAAAAGAACCAUUUAUAGUACAUAUUAAAGAAAUGAGGAUUUUAAAAAAUGUUAACCAAUAGCUUAAAUAAGAAAUUCAUACUUACAGCUUAUAAGGAUUGACAUGGUAUUAUUUUUUUUAAUUUAGGGUCAGCAUAUCGUGCAGAAAUAGUCUUUGUGAACUCCUAACUAGUUCCCCUGUUCUUUGUUUUUCUGUUCUCCAUUUUAAAAGAGAGCCAAUAAUAAGACUAAAUUACUAACGAAUCUUAUUUUCUUGUAUUAAAAAUGCCAUUAUAAAUGAUGUAACUAAGUGCUAUUAAAAACAAUAAGAAAUGUGGUGACCUCAAA